AUGGCUCAUAGAUUAUUAGUUAAUGUUAUCUUCACUGGUGCGUCUGUUUUUGGUCGUGCAUUUACAGAAGCUUACAAACAAGCAGCUAAAGCAAGUGCUGCUGGUGCUGCCAAUAGACCAGCUAAAGCCGCUUCAACUGGGGGGAUUAGUGUGGAUGAAUCCCUUAAGAUUUUGGAUUUAGAAAAGACUGAAUUAUCUUUGGAUAAAAUAGAUGAAAAAUAUAAUUAUUUAUUUGAUGUGAAUUCUAAAGAAAAGGGGAACUCAUUUUAUUUACAAAGUAAAGUAUAUUAUGCGAUGGAUACUUUAAAGAAAGAACUAGAGUAUUUGGAGAAACUUAAAGCCGAGAAGGAAGCAGGAGGUGCGGCGUCUAGUUAG